AUGUCUCGUGUCAACCGCUUAGUUGACACAGCACCGCUUCCCUGCGUCAAUUUGAGGAUUUCCCCUAAUCGUUGCUUCUCGCUCCACCUCCACCUCCUCCUUCCUCUCUUAUUUACUCUCCUUUUCAUCACCCCCAUGGCCAGUUCCAUUGAAGUAGAAACUGAAGAUUACAGAAGCACUAACAUAUCACUAAGUCAAGAGGCUCAAAAACGCGCAAACAUCUCUGAUCCCCGCAGGAUAAUGUGCGGUUAUCAGCUCAUUGUGAACCUAAAACAACAGUGUGGAGAUCGUGGAACUUAUUCUCCAUAUGGCGAAUCUGGUCGUGUCAGACGCGGCCUUAGAUUACAUAGAGCCACGCAAUUGUAUAGACCAGGAAAAGUGCGACGAAGGAAGCACGACGAAUUCUGCGCGCUCUACUUGCGCUACGAGCCCUAUACAAUCAUUACGGAGUGCUGUUGUCGUGGAUGUACUCGACGAUUUUUAGAGCAGUAUUGUGCCAAGGACUAG